GGACUCCGCUCCCAAAGGCGCGCGCAGGAGGCGACAGCACAACCUAACUUCAUCCUAUCACGUCUUCCCCCCACCCUCCUGGCUCUGCUCCCUCAGGUGAUUUUAAGUUUCGGCGCUCGCGGCCUGCGACCCUACGCAUAGUUUGUGCUGGGGUGGGGGGGGGGUUGAGUUCGAGUUUUAAGAGCGUGUUAAUAAGUGCUUCUUCUGGUCCUGAGGAAGGGCGCGCAGAAGGACUGGGGCCUUUAAUGACAGGAAGGACUGGUAAGCACGGCGGCCGAGGAGGAGACGGUCUGCCGGACGAGGAGCUGAGUGAAGCGGACGACGACAACGACGUCCUACCCCCUCCUCGCUCGCUCGAGCUUCUGCCGCCCCGCUCGGCUCCCCACCUGACUCGGUUCCCCCCUCCUCCCUCCCCCCAGCCCCGUUCCUUUGUCCUCCCGCUCGCGAUUGGCAGGUUUUAUUAUUCCGCCUCAACAAGCCGCGAGCGGAUUGGCCGGCGCGGCUGUGACGCGAGGGGCCGAGCCGCGGAGUAGUUGGGGUUCUGCUCUGUCAGUAACACAUGGGCAAGAGCGGCGGAGAGAGGCAGCGAGGAAGGCGCCAGCGGGGAGACGGAGGCCUCCUCUGCGCGCGUCCGGAGACGAGGCAGCGCCGCCCGGGGAGCCGCGGAGGGUCGUGAGAGGAGGAAGGAGAAGCAGAAGAAGCCGCCGCCUCCUCAGUCAUCGUCGUCGUCUUAACAGCAACAGCCGCGCGCUCCGGCUCCUUCGCUGCCCCACUCUCGGGACUUUCCCCCUGCGUCGGCCGUUGGCGACGAGAGGCUUUGGAAGCCGCCCGAGCCCCGCGACAGGGAGGUGGCGGCGGGAAAGGGGUGGGGGGGAAGCGCGAGCCAGCUCGGAAGUGCGGCCACAUCUGCCAAAACUUAACCCAGCUAUUGCAGCAGCAGCGAGAGCGGCGUCGGCGCCGCCGCCCGUGCUCGCCUUUUGCAGCAGCAGCAACAACCCAGCUCUGCAUCUCCCCUCGAGGGGAAGCAGCGAGAGUAGGACGAAGCAGCAGCAGCAGCAAGGAAGGAAAGGAAAGGAGGGCUGGAGCAAACGCUUCCCGGACAUUUCCAACACCACCACCACCACCUCCUCCCUCCCAGCCCGGGGCUGCUUGCAGUUCCCUGACCCGGACGGAGGGUUGCUGCUCCGCGUAGCCCGGCGAGCGCGCUGGGUUUGCUCCGAAUUGGUCCGCCGUCAAUCGGGAUCGAGCCGGGCCAGCCCACCAGCACCAACCCGCCGGUCUCCCCCUGCGAGAGCUCUCCCGAAGCUACAGCCACGUUGUCCACGGCCUCUUGCACCAUAGAGGGGAAACAGGUAAGAUCGUGGGCGCGGGAGUGGAGAAAGAGAGCUGCUUGGUGGUGCGUUGUUUUUUUUCUUUUGGAUGAUUGUAGCUGUUUCUCCUUUCCUUCCCCCCCCCCCCCACUUCGUUGCGGUCCGGAGUGGGAAGUAAACACGGCCACCCCCGCCAUCGCCUGGAAUCAGAUGGGGGGGGGGGGAGAAAAGUGGCUGCACCUCCCGGGAGCCAAGCGGCGGCGGGGCCGCCCGCAGCCCGGCGUAGCGGUACAAAAGGCUGCCUGCUUUGCCCCGCGCUGCUUCUCUCUCUCUCCAACACCCCCCCGCCCGGUUCUGCCUGGGAGUCGCGGAGGAGGUGGGAGGAACGGUCGCCCACUUUCUUUGUAGUAAAAAACCCCCCACUUAUUUUGAAACAGUGGCAGGUUUGGAGGAGGAGGAGGAAAGGGAGAAAGAAUAAUCUUAAGUGAGGUAUUUGCUCUCUUCUCUCACUCUCCUUUCUCUUUCUCUCUCUCCCCCCUCCUUUUCUCCUCCUUUUUGUUCAGGGGAAAUCUGAUGAAUCAACCUAAUUAAAACCAAGCCGUGAAUUAAGCAUCCAUUUUUAUUUUUUUUUGGUACUACAAAUUGCAAGCUCUACGCUUGUCCCUCCCUUGGUCUCCAUUAAAAUCACCAGAGACGUUGUUAAAAGGAGGGAGGGGGUGUGUGUUUUGCCUCUAGCUGCCAGCUCUCCUUUCUGUUUCAUUGCCUCUGUUCCAGGACCUAAAUUGCUUGGCUGUGUAAUUACCAGAGUAAGCCUAUUUAAGUUAAAAGCUUUCCUUCUCUUUCUCUGCCCCCACCCCCCCAACUCCAAAUGAAACUUGAUGAGGGCCCGUCCUUAGUUAUCAAGGGAGUCACUUUCUGGUCAGUCCUCUUGAUUCAUCUCUUUUAGAUUUAAUCAGCAUUAAGGUAUUGCUUGUCCUUAAGAGCUUUAGCUUAAUGGGGUUACUGGAUGCUUCUGUCAGUGUAGCAUUUCCUUUUAUAUAUAAUAUUUACCUUUCAACAAAGACAGGGUGGGUGGGAGCAAGGCAGUGGGGCUUGUGUGGGGUGUUUUUGGUCUUGGAAAGAUGGGAAGUAGGUUUAACAUACUUUAGGAAUCCUCUUUGCUUUUAAUCAGAAGUAAGAAAUGCAGAUUCAUAUUGCUGGAAAUGGUAACAAAAGGCCAUUCCAUGAGUUAAAUGCAUCAGAAAUCAAUUUACAUAAAGGUAUAUGAUGCAUUCAGAGAAAUGCAAUGCUAAUGGCUUUUAGAGUGGUUCUCUUUCCCAAGUCUCGGGGUUUUUAGUUACAGUCUUAAUUGGUGCAGUUCGCAGUCUGGUUUAUUGUGUGGUCAACUGAACAUAUGAUCAGGAGUUAUUUUGAAGGAAAUCCUGUUUUGUUUGGUCCUUUUAAUUUUUUUAAAAGUGGCCUAUUUUAAGGACCCUGAAGCUUCUGUUGUAACUUAGUUGGGCAACUAAGUGGCAGGAAAAGUUUGCCCUCUCCUCUUCAAUCUUUCGCUUCAGAGGUAUAUGUCUUAGCAAACAGCCAGAUGCUUUAGCUUGAGCAUGGACAGCUUACAAAGGACAAAGGGAAAACACACUGCUUAAUUGGCAGUAAAUAACUUGAUCUUUUUAUAGUGCAAAUGACUGAACAGUAGCCUGUUCGACUACUGGAUUUGAGGCAGAGCAAAUUAAUCAGUUUGGAGUAAGCUUUAUGAAUUGGUUCCAUUAUUAAUCUCCCUGUUGCCCUGCUUGUACAAAGCAUUUAUUAGAAAGUGAGAAACACACUUGUGGGUUUGCAUGUGUGUCUAUUUCCACCUCCACCCCUCCCCAAGCAGCACUUUUACAGCCAGCCAUGCUAGCUGUUUCCUGAGUGGGGCAUGCUUGAUUGUUCUGCCUCUCUGCUUUUACGCAAAACUUUUUUUUUUUUUAAGGGCAACAAAGCGCUUAGCAUUUAAAUUGCUGAUCAAGGGCAGAUUAGUGAGACAAAAGUAGAUGUGUUUGUAUAGGAAGUUAACAGGCUUCUGAAAGUUAAGUGAUCUAUUAUUAUCCAGUAAAGCGUCCUUUGGGAGGAGGACCCCACUUUCAUUUGAUCUUUUGAAGAAAUAAAUAAAUAAAUAAAUAAAUAAAUAGGGACGAUCCUGGCUGAGCCCUUGCAGAUAACAAUAGCAUGAAAAGGGAGACCUUGAAAAACUAGUUUCACAACUUUCUCACAGUUUUCUCCGGAGCUUAUACUUGCCUCUCCUGUAAAAUAGAACCAAACAAUCCCCAGAAUCAUUCCCAGCUGGUGAGCUACAGCUGCGCUCCCCAAGAGUUGUGGUCAGGGAUUGUGGCCUCACUCUGGCUGUUUUUUUAUGCCAUUCUCAUUUUAGGACUGUGGGGCCCAGCAAUUUAUAUCUGGGAGGGCCAUGUAGACUGUGAGACUCCAGGUGUGUGUACUUUCCUGGCAGCAAACAAAGCAGGGGUCACUCUAAGUUUGACAGCAGUAUUGCAAGCUAAAACUGUCAUUGAGCACCACCAGCCAACUUGGAAGGGGAGGCAGCUAAUUAACCCAGAACAAAGGCUCUGAAAAGUAAACAAGUUGCUGCUAUUCCGCAUCUUUCUUGGGCUGGGAGGGGCAGGUUGCAAGAGCUCUUAGUCUGAGAAUCAACCCCUUCGUCUCAUUUUUCUUUAUUUCUUAUUCCCUUAUCCAGACCAUGGUGAACCCAGGCAGCAGCUCGCAGCCUCCCCCGGUCACCAGUGGCUCCCUCUCAUGGAAAAGAUGUGCAGGCUGCGGGGGGAAGAUUGCUGAUCGCUUCUUGCUCUAUGCCAUGGAUAGCUAUUGGCACAGCCGGUGCCUGAAGUGCUCCUGCUGCCAAGCCCAGCUGGGAGAAAUUGGUACGUCCUGCUACACUAAGAGCGGCAUGAUCCUGUGCAGAAACGACUACAUCAGGUGAGAGAGACACAGGGGAAGUUAGGCUGGUUUGCUGGUUUCUUGAAUACACGACUCCAUACUUUUCCUAUGAAGCAGAAGGAACUGCAGGCCAGAAAUACCUCUGUUUGCAAGGGGUAGUUCAAAACUAGAAGCCUGAUUUAAUGAAACAAUCCUUUUCCUGGUUUACAGUAGAAAACUUUGGUAGAUGGCUCAAGGAGAGGUGUGGUAGAAUAAAACUCCUAAAGUGAUCCUAAACUUUUAAGAGAGAAGUUCCGGUUUAAAACAGUUGGCUGCCCAAAGCUACUAUGGUAGUGGGGCAGAAGGACGCUUGUUUAGAACCUGAAGGGGUGAGAGCAAGCAUAGAGUUGGCUAGAACAGUGGCGGGAAAAGGCUAAAACAGUGAGAGAGCUACCCUUUCAGUAUCUGAUUUAUUAUAUUAUUAUUUGCAUAAGCACCUUUAAAUGAAAAUGGAAUGACUCAUUCUCUGUAUUCAUUGUGAAAGAGUUGAUUAAUGGUUGGAGGGACUGUGACCGUCUCCUGUGCCAAACUCUGCACACCCAACACAGUGGUAAUACAUGCUUUCCUAUUGCUGUGGAGCAUAUCUUUCAGUAUAAAAGUGAACAUGUGUAUAGUUUGAUCAAUGUUUAAAAUAUUUCUUAUUGCAUCCAGUAUUCUGCAUCUCCUCCACUUUGCAUAACAAAAAUGUGUUUGUUUCUUCUCCCCACCCCCACUAGUUUUAGAGCAAUUAAUAGAAAGAAUUUAAGAGGUCCAGGUGCCCAUUCAAUCUUUUCAGGUGAACUCAAGCUCCUUUAAACUCAUUUUGAAAGGAGGCAUUUUGAAGGAUUACACAUUUAAUUUGAGUAAAUGACUUGAUAGACUGAUGCACAUGAAUGCUUUGAGGAGGUGUUCUAGUUCAGCAACCAGUAAUUAAACAGCCCCCUCCCACCUUCUUUGGCAUAUAAAGAAUGUGAGGUAAAGGCAUAUGGAGUUUUUUUCUAGAUAGUCUUGAUUUUCAUACUUAGAAUAGAUUUGAAAAAGUAUCCCAGUUCUUGGAAGGAGUGAGCAAGCUUUAGUGGUUAAAAUCAUCUCUUUGUGCCUAUUUUCAAAUAUUUAGUUAUAAAUAUUUUGAGCCGAUUUCUUCUGGAAUUUGUACAUUUAACUAUGUAACAACUCUGUAAGUUGCAUACUAAAUAUUACUUUGUUCUGAUUCUGGAGGCAACAGCAUUUUGAAUUGGUGACACCAAUAAGGAGACCCUUUCUUGUUCUGAUAAUGGCUCUUCUUUAUGCUAGCACCUUCAAUCAGCUAAAUAGAAUACAGAAAACAAAAUGGCAAUAGAAAGGUUUUAAGGGAUUGCAGCAUUCAUUUUGCUAAGUGUGUGGAUUUUUAAAGUAAAUGCUUGAAAAUCAGUGUGUGCAGGCUUACAGCGAUGCAUUCUUGAUCCCUGUCCGAAGCAACUGCAUAAGCGAGACAGAAUUCUAAUUAAAUAGAGCAGAACGGUUAGAAAAAGAGGUUUGUUUGAAGUGGAAAAAUUGACACUACUGUUCAGAUUCAAUGAACAGUACAGAUUUCGUCUCUCUCUACUAAAACCAUCAAACAAACCUCUUCUGAUCACUACUAAUUAAAAAGAGAAGUUGUCUACAUCACCCCUAAGGCAAGUUCAGGCCAGCUUAUUGGAAUCUCUGCCUCAGGUUUUUGUGUGGCCAAAACUUAUUACAGUUUUAAUAUAGGCUAUUAUAAAUAGGGUGCUUUAUCAGAUGGUAAAUUUGAACUGAUUUUGUUCCAUCAGUCUGACUCUUCCUUAGAACUGAAUAGCUUGUCCAAUAAAAUAUGGAUACUUGAGUGUGCACUUCUGGAAGCUUAUUUGUUCCAUAGGAUAAAGGUCUACUGACCCAAGUACAUAAAGUUCCAGCAUUUUCAUCUGUGACCCUGAUGACUCAGACAUAAGUAGCUACAUGUCCUAAUCUAUUAACAAACAAGAUGCUACCAUUUUACAAGUGCUCUUCAGUGUGUGUGGUUUUUAUUGAGGAUCAGGUAGGAAAAUAUAUAGAAAUAAGUCCUGAUUUUGUUCUUUUGACUGCUUGCAGAAAUUAAGUUGAUCUUAAUGGGACUUUCAAUGAGAUGUUUGUCGUAAAGCUUAGAGACAAAUUGAUCAUUCAGCCUCUGAGGUGAUAGGGACUGACUGAUUGAAGUCUCUUCAUAGGACAAGACAACUGGUUUUUAUAAAAAAAAAACCACUAUGGGCCUCUACAACUAAAUCUGGGUAGUGGCUUUACCAAACCAGCCUUACCUUAUCUAAGGAUUGCCACAGAUUUUAUUGGCAGCAGAGGGCUGUGGGGUGUUCAUGUAAGUAAAAGAAUGGCAAUACAUUGACUCUUCUCUGACCCCUUAACUCACAACCAUAGUACCCUAAGCAAAGGGAGGAUUUUUUUGGAAGGGAGAAGGGUGAUGGGCAGCCCUCCCAGCUAUGAGAUUCUAGAUAAAGCAGCAGCGUGGCAGUGAAUCUGCACAAUUAAGAGCUUUAAUUAGUGUCUCCUCCAUUUUCUCUUAGUUCUGAUAGGUUUUAUCUAAUGAGAUCUCGUCCCUGGCUUAGAUCUGCCUGGAAUGACGUGUCCAAAAUGAAUGAGAGCUGUGUCGCAAACAAAACAUUUAAUUAACAAAAUUGGCCUUGGAGAGAGCAAGAGAGAAUAGGCUGGGGGGGUGGUGGUUGAAAGAGGUGGUGGGGAAGGAGAAACAAACUAGGCUUUUCUUAAAGGGCUAGUGCUGCUUGAGAACUCUUUCUGUACAAAUGUCUAUUUAAUAUGAUUAUAAUCUCUUAUAUCCCACCUGGUGUUUGCUACUGAGGUGGCAGUGGAAAUAUAUUUUUGGGUUGGGGGGCAGGUGAGCAUAUAGCCUUGCCUAGAUCAUGAGAGCAUGGUCACCCCCCCCCCAAAAGAAAAGUGUUUGUGGUACUGUGCUUGACAUGCCGGGCGGCAAGCACCUGAUUCCCAUUCCAACAGGCAAAAGAUGUUCUCUGUUCUCCUUGCUGCUCAUUGCCAUUCACGUGGGCUGUCUGUCCACAGUAUGAGCCAUUUGAGGAGGGGAGGAAAGGGAGGGAGCAGCCAGGCAACGAGUUCAUUUUUCUGGUAAUCAACAGCAAGCUGCUAUAUUCAGGGAAUGCUGUCCCUUUAAUUGAACAGGCUAGGUAAUUAAAUGGCAUUUUUCCAAUAGGACGUGCUAGGUAAAUCUAAUAGUUGGUUAUUUAAUAUCACUUUGAAGUCUGCCCACUCAAGCACAAUGACAGCACAGGAGCAUGUGAACUAUUAGCUUGGAAAAAAAAUCCAGGAUCUCAAAAAUUAAUUAAAUCGCAUGCAAUUUAGGGGGAACGUUUAUCUUGAUUUGUCAUAACAGAAUUAAUUCAAGGCCUCCAAUUCACUUGGGGGCAGAUCUGUUACUCUGAAUUAACCAAGCGUAAUUUGGCUGAUAUUUUUUCCUCUCUCUUCCCCCCUUCUCUCUCCCUCUCCCUCUAAUGCAGCACUUGCACAGCCGCCUUCCUCCCCCUUAAGUAUCAAUAGCUUCUGGUGCUUUUAAGGUGCUUGGGCUGUAGUUAUGCUGAAGUACCUUUAAUGGACUUGGCUGUAGGCAUAAUUUUUUUGCGUAGCCUUUGUUACAUCUGAUACAGCUGGCACAGAAUUUGGAUCCGGUAUAGGAAAUCUGAUGGAAAACCAAUUGCUUCUGGAUCAGUAGCUUUGGAUGUGCUUUUCUUUCAGCUAGGAAGUUUGGAUGCUUCUGGGUACAGAUAUGUCGCCCCCUCCCUUCUCCUCCUCUCUCUCCUCUCCCCACCCCUUUCAGGUGCAAGGGGAAAAUUGAACUGCGGGACUGGCAAUGCAAAACUCUUUGUGGUGCAGAGCUGUUUGGUUUCCACAGCAUGGUAAAAAUCCCCACACUGCACCUUACUUUUCUGUAGUUUAUUUUAAAAGUGUUCCAGUUGAAUAAAUAGAAAUUUUCAGCUAGCCCCCCACCCCACAUCCUCUUGUUCCCAUCUCAUCACCUCUGUCCGCUUCUAAAGGUUUUGAAUGAGGAAGAGAGUUGGGAUUAAUUUAAGGUGGCAUUACAUAAUGCUGCAAAAUGUAGGACCUUUCAUCCAUAUAUGGAACAUCUCAGUGUUGGUGAUUGAUUGUGUUGCCCAAAUGUUGAAAUAUUAACAACCUCUUUGGACUCCAAGACCCAAAGAGAGGAAACUGAAACCACUUCUGUCAUCGCAAUUAAAGAGUCCCCUGGCUUUAAUUAGCCUGACCUGGGGUAUCUCUCCCCCAUUGCUGGAGUUAAAGAGAAAAGAGCCCAUUAAAGUCCAGUCUGAGACCGAUAGUUACUUAAUUGAGCACCUAAAGCCUCCAGCCUUUUAAAUUAAAUACUGUCCUGGACAGUCUCCCUGAUUAGCUAAUUAACUCUCCUCUCUCACAGAACCCAUAUAAAAACAACUUUUCAGGAUGAGGGUAGUUAACAAUGAUUGUCUUCCUCCAUGGUGAAACAAAAAUUAUCUGAAGCUUCUGAUAAAGUGCCUCAAAAUAAAAGUAUUCUCAUUAGUAGGAAAGAAAAGAAAAGAAAAGCAUCUAAAAAAAGUAACGGGCAAAGUCCUGGACAUUUGCUUCAGUAGUAGCCUAACCCUGCAGAUUAUGUAGACUGCCUUAAGUUAGUUUUGGCUGUGACUUCCAAAAAUUCAAAUUCUUUUAGAAGGAGGCUGGCGCUGUGUGUGUGUGUGUGUGUGUGUGUGUGUGUGUGUGUGUGUUUAAAAUGAGGUACAAGUAGCUUUUGGGAUUACAUUUUUGACUUGGAAUUAUUAAAAUUUAAUUUAGAUGCACAACCACCAUUGCUCAGGAAAGUUUGUAUGAUACACACAUACUUUAUGAAGAGAAUGUGUCACAGUUAAAGCAGCAUGAUUAAAAAUGAUUUUAAAAUUGUGUGGCGCGUUUGAAAUCCUCGCCUCUUCCACAGGAGGCUGUGAAAGAGGGGGUUUUUUUUCUGUCUUGCCUCCUUUAAAAGAGGGGUGUGUGCCUGUGUGUACUUGUGGGAAGAGAGUAUUCAUACAGCUAUGAGAUCUUCCUUUUGCCAUUCUAGAAAAGCUUCCGUUGUAAUUUUUGCUGCCACUUUAGUCACAGUUCUGCAGAUGGACCUAAAUAUGCCUUUCUCGCUGCCUCUUUAAAUGACUUCCUUCUAGAACGUUGCCACUGAUAAUGGGGAGUGGUGGAAAGAAUACACAUAGUGAAGCUCUCAGUGAAAUCGGUUGUCCUUGUAAAUACUUUGAAGUGGUCCUCCUGAUCCAGCAGAUGCUAGAAAAGCAUCCAUCUACUUUUUUUUCCUGGAUGGUUCAGCCCUUUUUAGGCUGGAGGUCUUGGCAGUAUAUUAGUUCAGCUUUCCCUUUGUACCCAUUCUGACUCGCAAGAAAGUGUCAGUGUGUUGCGGAUCUCAGACUAAUUAGUUUUGAAAUGGAGUUUUGAUUGAACUCUUCAAAUCGAUGCUGCUGCAAAAUUUGUUUCUCAGGCUUCCUAUUAAAAGCCAUCUUAAGGGGCAGUUUUACUACUCUCCCUGUCGUUCAGUCGAUACAUUUAAUACCAACUUACAGGCUAUUUUCAAUAAAGUGGCGACAGCAAAUUAGUAGUUUGAACAUGACAAGCCUCCCUCUGCAAGCACUGAUUCUGGAAAACUCAAAGCAAUUAUUUUCGUCCCCCCUCCUUGAUACGGAGGCACGCAGCAAACAUUCAGAUCACAGCAUUUUCAGUAGUAACGCGUCCUCCAGACUGAUACACAAGCACGAAUGUAUGACUUUACUAUUGGGCAAAAAAGGCAAUGGAAAUAAUUAAUAUUAUGACACCAGUACAUUUAUUUUAUAGAUGCUAUUGCACUCUCUCUCUCUCUCCCCCCCAAAGCACCCAAAUCUUAAGCCAUGGGAGGGGGAGCCUGCCAGCUAGUUCAGAUUCUUCCUUCACUAUGAGAUGGUCCAUCAUUGUAAUAGCUGUGGGUGCAGUGAGAAACUGCAGAAAAGCAAACAAGAGAGAAAAAAGCCAUUUUUAAAAUUCUAGCAUACAUAUUCUGUAAAAGUGGGAGAUCAAUAUUCAUUAAAGUAUUGUAGCUCAAAUCAGUAUGUUGUGCCUUUAAAUGCAUUAGAAGAAUUGUGUAUAUUUUCCUUCAGUCCUUCCCCCCCUCCUUCCUCUGCUUUCCCUCUUCUGUCUCUCCCCCCCCCACCCCCAUGGCAGAUGUUGUGGUCUCAUUUGAUUGCAUAGGAAAACUGCAGUGAUACAGCAAACACCCAGAGAGAUAUGAUGACAAAUGGGUCCAGAUCCCGGUAAAUUACUUUCUGCUCAAAUCGAAAUUUCAUUCAGUUUGUUGCUAGCAGAGAUGAAGUAAUCUAAAUUGUGGACUCAGGAGCAGAUAGAGGGAAGUUGGAGCAAGCAUUUCAUUAUCAAGAGAGAGAGAGAAGGUUAGGAUGAAAGAGAUGAGCAGAGGCAAAUCUAAAGUGUUGACACCAUGAUUGAAAAGGUUAACCCAUACACAUUAUAUAUCAACCUGGAUAGCCGAGAGUUUCUAAUGGAAACUCUGCCCUGCUAGAGGUUUACUGGAGUUUCAAUACACUGAGCAUGAUGUCGUCUUAGAUAUACAAUCAAAUCCUCUUAACCCUUUUGAUGACUCAUCUCUCAAGAUAUGAUUAAAGUACAAAAAAGUUCUUCAUAUAAUUUCAAGGACACAAUGCAUUUAAACUCCAGUCAUGAAUUCUGUCCCUUUUUUUAUGACAAACCCAGUAAUCUGAUAAAAAGUGUUGUACAGAAUUGGUUUGUGUUGCUGGAUGCAAGUUAAUAUUUUAUUAGAUCCUGUGCUUCCAAGUCUUGAGAGGUCUAGGGUGCUCCUGUGGCAAUUUGGCUUGUGUUGCAGUCUCUUAAAUUAUCACGCCCCAAAGUAUGUAAACAAGCUUCAGGGGUGGAUUUUGACAAGUUGAAAUGGCUCUUUCAGAACUGGCUUCUUGAUUCACAAGUGUCUCAGGUGGGGGAGAAAAUAAUAAGCAUCACCUUUUUGUUUUCAGGUUAUUUGGAAAUAGCGGCGCUUGCAGUGCUUGUGGGCAGUCAAUUCCUGCUAGUGAGCUGGUUAUGAGAGCACAAGGGAAUGUCUAUCAUCUUAAGGUAGGAAAAAAUUGCCUUUCUGACACUGUCCCCGCCCUCCACCCCAAAUAUUGCAGCACCUGUGCACAGAUCUAUAUUGGAAUAAAAGCAGCUUCUGCUCUAAAUUCGUAAAACGGGCUUAGUCAUAAAUGGAAAGGCUUUUGAAGUUGCAUAUGUUGUCCUAGUGAUUAGUUGUGCUGCAGGUCUGAACACAUUAUUGGGUUCCAACAGGUGCAGCUUCCGGUAUUUGGCCAAAGUCCCAUAUAUCCCUUAACUUUGCCGUAAUUCAGAUUAUAAUAUUUUUUGGCGUUUUUAAUGCCCUCCCUCCAGUUUUAACUUUGCCUUUUGUUCACCCAUUUCAGUGUUUUACGUGCUCUACCUGCCGGAAUCGCCUGGUCCCUGGAGACAGGUUUCACUACAUCAAUGGCAGUUUAUUCUGCGAACAUGAUAGACCUACAGCCCUCAUCAAUGGUCAUUUGAAUUCACUUCAGAGCAAUCCACUACUGCCAGACCAGAAGGUGAAUAUUGAACAAUUGCUAAUGGACCUUAUUAGAGUUAAAACAAGAUUAAUACAUUUUUCAGCCUACUACUGAAUAUCUUUCAAAUGGCUUUACACGAUGGAAUGUAGUGAAAUGGGGUAAAGCUCCAAACAUUGAGGUGCUUGGAUUGUGAAGUGACUCCAGUUUAAUUUGGGUCAAACCUCUGUGUGUGUGUGUGUGUGUGUGUGUGUGUGUGUGUGUGUGUGUUUGCAUUUACCGAAACAAUUCUGGCCGUCAAGAAGACUUGUGGGAUACAAUCUGGAUCUGUCUUAACAAGUGCAUGUACUUAAUUGUAGCAUUCUAGAGUCAGAUAAGCUAAUGGCACAGUAGUGGUUUGUAGAAUCAUUAGAAAAAUAGUUACAUUAUUUGGUUCAGUUAGAGUUGGCUUGAUUUUCAAGGAAAAUGCUUUACUUUCUGUUAGCACCAUUUUUUUCAUGUCUGUUAUGUCUCUUUAGUUUUUGGUAUUAAAGUGUAGUAUGGCUUACUCACUAGCAGAGUAGGGAACAGUUUUAAUCAACAGUUGUCCUGUACCUCUGCUGUAACUGGACAGUUUUUAGAUCUAUUUUAAUCUCCCUAAUAAGUCCCAUAGCUAUGCAAGUGAGUGCAUUUUGAUAACUGCUAUGCCUAAUUUAUAAUAAUUACUGUCAACCUUCAGUUAAGGGACUGUUCAUUCCACACUGGUCCAGAAAACACUGAAUGCACAAGUCUUGCACAUAAUUUUAUUCACAUCAUAUUUCAUACUGAUUAUGUAUUGAUGACAUUGAUUCAUUUACUCUUUACAGCGCCACUUGCAUGGAUAUUAAAUCUUAUUGACCACAGAUGAAUUUUAAUUUCAGAUUGGUGAUGGAUUUUUCCAUCAGCUCUGAUAGUAUAUUUGACUUUUUCAUCAUUAACCCAGGCAAUCACACAGCACUGAGUUAUUGCAUUGAAACAAAGUGCACACUUCACUUGGUAAUUCUUUAUGGAUUUACAAUAGGGACUUCAUUAAUGUCUGUUCCAAGGAUAGCAAAAAUAACAUUUAUCUGUUAGUAGGAAUUUUGAAGAUAAAGUCUUUUUUAUAAAAAGAAAGAAAGAAAAAAGAAAGGAACAAAGCAACCCUUCGGCAACUUAUGAAUUCUGCAGCAUCAGGGAAUCUUUAGAGGCUUAAUAUGUUCAGAAGAACAUGAACUUGCCCCUUAAUAGGGGUGCAUUGCUAUAAGUACGUAUUCUAGAAAGCUGCCCUAAAUUUAAUAGUGACCAAGUGUGUGUAUGUUAGAUGUAGUUAAGGACUCUCAUGCAUUCUAUACUCCCAAUAAAAGUCCUACUGAGUUCAGUAGGGCUUAUUCCUGUGUAAGUGAGUUUAGGAGGACUGCCUUCUUUAAAUAUUGUUUUGGAAUCCCCUAUAGGCCAAGUGCUAUCCUCAAGUCCCUGUUUCUAAAUAACUGUUUAAAAUAUAGGGAAUACUUCUUGCAUCUAGUUCAGCUUUUUUGUGUAUCCGUUUGCUUUGUGCAUGCAGUAAAAGUUUAAUAUGCUUUAUGGUGCCUUUGUUCUUGCUGUGCUUCAGCAAAAGUAAUACUAAUGUUGGCAGUUACAGAGGAGAGAUAAGUGUGGAAUAGAAACAGGGAUUCAGGGGCUGCAAAGCUGUAUUCAUCCUACAUGUAACUCUUUGUGCAGGAAGACUUCAAUAAGAACAGUGCCUGGAUUCUGUGGCUAUUAACUGCAUAGCUACAGUAUGUUAAAGAGGCAACGAGGUGCUGAGAAAGAUGCAGGGAGGGAUGGACGACAAAGUGAUGUUCUCAGCGGGUGACACUAAUAUGGCCUAGUGAGUGGCUUAUCAGUUCCACAAGUGGGGUUGUGUGAGGGUGGUGUACUAUAAUUUAAGCCCAAUUUUCAUGGCUGAAGUUUAAUAGGAUUCUAGAGUCCGGGAAGAAAGCGGAUUGUGUGCUUUUUUGGCACUGCAUAUUUUUGGGUUACUAAUCUAUGCAUUACUCGGAGGGGAAAGUUAGAAUUCUCAGUCCAGUAAGCUUGUUCUGCUAGCACCACAGAAAGCCCUUCACAAAUGAAGCUGUUGUGUGCGGUUGUGCUGUGUUACUUGCUCCCACCCCUCUUCCACACUCCAUUUUAAGCCUCUUCCUUUGGCUUCCCUAUGAUUUGAAUUGUAACUCGUUGGACAAGGAGUGCUUCUGAUCUCUGCUGUUUACAGUACCCAGCACAGCCUUGUUGCUUUAGUAAAUGUUAAGGGGAGCCCGAAAACAGUCCUGAUAUAGCAUCCUAUAUAUUCCACCUAUAGAAAUAGUAGCCCAUACUCUGCUUUGCCCAUUGGCAUUUUAUUGGUGAUGGACAACCUGAAGACGGCCAAGCGAACUCUGGCAUUACAUUGAUUGCAUUGUGAUUUGUUUGCUCUGGCCGUGGUUAGUAUCAUUUCUGCAUGAUGGCCAGGAGUUGAUGUUGCCCUAAUAAGCUGGUUCCAGAGUCCUUCUUUAUUUCAGAAGGCAUCAACUCCAUCCAGCAGGGAUGGGAAGCCUGUAGCCUCCAGCAUGAACCACUUCUUUAACCAUAUCCUUACUAUCAUAAACAAAAUAUUGUACUACCACCCCCAACUAUGGACAGUAAAAUACCGCCCCCCCAAAAAAGCUGGGUGCUUGAUGGAUGUUUAUGAUGUCCUGUGCAGAUUUUGUCACUUUGUAGCUGAGGAAUGUUGUCUAAAAGCUCAUCGAGUUUCUUUCCUACUCCCUACCCUUAAAACCCUUUUCACAAGGUAUAAGUUUUCCUUUCAUUGGUGAUGAUCAGAGCAUUUGCUUGGCUCUAGCUCCUAUACUUUUAAAUAAAGCAUGAGUUAGGUUACGUUUUGCUAUUCUGUCUGUUGCAGAGAAUCUUCUAGUUUACAUAUCGCUCAACAAUUCCCUUGUACUUACAUAAUUGGUAUUGUCCCUGUCCAUAGUAGAGGACACUUGAUGCUCAUUUAUUAAAUAUGCUUGCUGGCUGCUCCCUAAUCUUUGUUCUGGACAGACAAAUUACCUUUCUCACACUGAGCAUCAGCUCUGGGGAAUUAAACCUCCAAGCUUCCACCACUUUAAUUAGCUUGAAAGUGGGGGGUUGCAGUUACUAAUAGACCUCAGGCUUUUAGUAACUUGGGGAAAGGGUAAAAAAAAAAAAAACUUCCUAGGAAGCUCAAAAUGUCAUUUAAAAACCAUAAAAAUCUAAUAUAUUAUUUCAUUUUGGUAAUUGCAAACAGAUUGCAUUUGAAGACUGUCGAUCGUUUCUACUUUAUCCAUGGAAGUUAGAUUUCUGUCGAGCUAGGCAUUUUUAAUUAUCACAAUUCAUUAACACAUCACUGUGGAGGCACAUGUUUGACUUCGUAUAUUACAGAGUUUAUGUAACGUUAACUAACAUAGCAGAUGAGGAAUCUUAAAUGGGAGGAAAAUAUUCCAAAAUGUCUAUAUUUAGCUUUUGUGCUAUGCAGCAUGUUAACUAGCGUUGCCUAGGGGAGGGUAUCUUAUUUGCUUUAGACAGAAUUUUUCCUAAUUUAGAAGAUCACUUUACUUUGUGUGCUUCAAAGGCAAGGCGUGUCAUUUCAUCCCUGUCCAAGGGAAAUGCAUCUUUUAUAAAAGAAAAAAAGUAACUGUAGGAUUUCCCAUCAGAAGCUUCUAUCUUUCCUUUGUGAUAAAUGUAUCUUGCUGCUGUCAAAAUUUAAGGACAUUAUUAUUUUAUUAUUUUAUUAUUAUUAUUAUUAUUAUUAUUACUACAUUUUUAGUGUGGUCUGUUUUGGUUUUCCCCCGUUUGAACUCUUCAGGGACUUGGAUAAGUAUUGCAGAAAACCUUUAAUUGAGUCGCAGUUGGAAAGUAAUUUAAUAAGAUAAGCAAAUAAGGAGAAUGCGAAACCAGUCACACUUGACUCAAAUCAAGCAUUUUAGCUAAGAUGCCCAUUUUUAUUUCCUUGCAGGUCUGCUAAAAGGUCAGAGUACUGCAGAAUGCGUGCCUUCAUCUCAAACUUUGUUCAUCACAGAUGGAUCCCAUGUCUCCAGUAGACAAGUCACCUUUGUAGCUAGCAUCAAUGCCAGCUCCAUGCCAUUGCACCUUCUUUACUCUUGGUUGCCCUUCCCACAUUUAUUGGUGUAUUAAAAUGACUGAAAAUGAACAUUAAGGACUCCAUGAAUCUGGGCUAUUGGGAGACUGUAGAGGAAAUGGAGAAAAAUGUCCACCAGAAGAGAACAACUUUGGGUGGGGAGGGAGUGGGGAAAAUGACUAAUGAAGCUAAUUAAGAUAAGCUUUUGAGUCUGCUUUCUACCCUCAUUAACAAUUAGCAGGGCACUGGUCAGAAUUUGUACCCUGUGUUUUACCUUAACAACAUUCUCUUUGCUCUUUGUAUAUUUAAGUGUUGUAAGGAAAUGUGUUUCAAAACUCAAAACAUGAGAUAAAGGAAAGAUGGGGCUCUUGUGAUAUUCUAUCACAAACACUUUUAUUGUAUCUCUGUAAAAUACAAUGUAUGUAUGCAUGUAAGUGUUUUUUUUGUCCUAAUGUUGCUACUUCCCAUGACACAAAAAAGAAAAAAAAUCAAGCUCAUAGCAGCUACUGUGUAGAAAUUUUCACCUACUCCUAAUUUGCUGAAUGAAGAAGAAGAAAACUUUUAUUUGUGAUACUUUCAGAGACAUUUGCUCUAGUAUGGUGUAUUUAAAUAAUAAAAACAUAAAAUGAAAA